AUGGCGACACAAGAUUCACAAGGGAUCAAACUCUUUGGCAAAACCAUUGCAUGUAACGUCAAUAUCACUAACAAAAUCAAAAACGAAGAAGAGAAACAACAGUCAGACCCGGCCAUCAGAUCACCAUCAGCAUUUGAUCUGACGGUGGAGAAGCGUCCGGACAAGAUCAUAGCAUGUCCGAGAUGCAAAAGCAUGGAGACAAAGUUUUGUUACUUCAACAACUACAACACUAAUCAGCCUCGACACUUUUGCAAAAGCUGCCACCGUUACUGGACUGCUGGUGGCGCACUCCGCAACGUUCCUGUCGGCGCCGGUCGUCGGAAAUCAAAACCACAUGGCCGUGUCGUUGUCGGUAUGCUUGGGGAUGGAAAUGGAGUUCAGCAUGUUGAGCUUAUUAAUGGCUUGGUUUCCCAUGAGUUGCAUUCUGCAGCCGCUACUCACGGCGGUUUCCGGCAUGAUUUUUUCCUGAAGCGGCUCCGGUUUUUUUCCGACGGUCCAUCGUGUUGA